UUGUUGCCAUGGUGACGUCUCGCCGAGGACGGGAUUUUUUUGGACGGAGACCGUAGUAACAUUGUGUGUAUCUAGCAAGUUAACAUACCUAACUAACUGUAUUUUUUGGUUAUACUCACUUUUCUACCUGUGCGAUUCUCGUGGAUAUCUUUUGCUGAAGAGAACGGAGAUCUAGCUAUUGGGGAAAUUCUCAGCACAAUAAUCAAUCGGAUAAAAGAUAGCUUGCUUUGUUAUCAAGUAGAAAGUCAAAUACCUAACUUCAUUUUGCUACAGUUUGUUACAGUAGAUCUUAAAAAUGAACCAGCUGCAAAAUUUGCUGAUGGAUUGCCUAAUCGAUACCAAACAUGUUGAAAAUGCUGCAAUCUUAACCGCAAAGAACGGAACAGUGAGUGCAGCGUCCCCGGGGUUUAAUAUCAAGGCGCCGCAAGCUCAGAUGUUCAUAGACUCCUUCCAGCAUACAGCUGUCACAAGAGAGAGUGGCUUCCGUUUCCAGAGCAAACAUUACACCUGUGUCAGAGCCGACAGGAACUCCAUUUACUCCAAAUCGAAUGGUCAUGGACUAAUUUUAGUGAAGACUGCAGUGUACAUAAUCGUUGCCACGUACAAUGAAAACAUGUAUGCCAGCGUGUGUGUGGAAGCAGUCGAGAAGUUGGCUGAAUAUUUAAGAGAGAAGGGGAAAUGA